AUGAAUUACAUCCCAUUCUCUGAGACCCACCAGCUGAAUCAAGAGCUGGCGUUGGAUGACGCAAGAGCACUCCGCCGUGUGUCACCACGUUGGCCGAGCUCGACAAGCUUGCCAGGGCACGCGCGGGCUCAACUCAGAUCUCCUGAGUUGGAUAAAUAUUUAGAAAAAGAGUUUCUCGUUCCGCAGCUUGAUCGUUUAGCACCAAGACUCUGGCUGGUCUCGACCCCGAGAAGCUCCCAUAUAUCGGCUCUUCAUCAUCAAGCGGCUCGAGGCCGAGAGAUUAUUCUUGUAGAGAACCCGCACCUUCACCUAGUCUGGAAAUACAACAAAAUAUUUAUCAAGCCAAUUCCAAAGUACCUGUUAUCGUUUGCUUUCUGGCAGUACCUAGUUGAAUCGAAUGCCGGUAAUGGAGAUGUUCAAAAGGCGAUCAUUGGCCUCAUGCGAUCUUAUUCCUAUCUGAUCCGAUAUGAGUCCGACUUCGACCUCGCCCAAGAGAAAGGCUUAGUUCCGAAGAGCGACGGGAUUGAUAAUAUUACCUGGGACGCUUUUGCUCAUUUGAUCGCGACAUUUGAAGGGUAUGAGGAUGCGAAUGCAUCACCACGGUACAGCUACGGCGAGCUCCGCCUGACGCGACUGAACUUUUACUCGCGUAUUUCCCUUGGAAAACUGACUUUCCACCACAUCGACGCUCAAUGGGGCUCAUAUUUGAACCAUUUCAUGGUACCUUCAUUAAUAAUCUUCACUAUCAUCUCCGUCAUCCUCAACGCGAUGCAGGUUAGAUUGGCUGCACAAAGUGUCCAAUACUCUGACAAAGACGGGAUGGCAUUUAUAUUCGUUUCAGAGUGGUUUCCUGUGUUUGCUCUGGUUUUUGUUGGGCUUUUCAGUACAUUUAUGAUCCUUUUUAUUCUGUUCAUGUUUUGCCACGAUAUAUGGUUUUCGAGGAACAUUAUCAAAAAGAAAAAUAACGCUUGCGACGGAGCCUGGAAGACAAGUAAAUCAGGGGUAGUCUAG